ACAUUUUACGACUGUCCCUAAGAACACUCCACAACACAGAGCACAAGAAAAGUUUUGCAAAUAUUCACUUUCUUCAGGCUAUCGGACAGUUUAAAGACCUGGCUCGGAUGCCCUGUGGGGAAUACUAUUUAUCAGUCAUUUAGCUCACGAGAUGAAACAAGGGAGCAUGGCUGCGGCGCUGCUGUCAGAGACGGAGAUCAGGCAUCGGUCUAUGGCAGAGGAGGAUCCGAACGGGAAUGAACAUGGGGCGGCUGCGCGCAGCACCUUGCCUCGCUGGGGCCCGCAGCACGCCGGGGCACGACAGCUCGCCGAGCUUUACUCUCCGGGAAAACGGCUGCAGGAGUGGAUGUGUGUGAUUCUGUGCCUCUCGCUCUUUGUUAUAAACCUCUCCUUCCUCUUCCUCAACUUCUCCACAGUGCACAUCUACAAAAUCAUCUUUGGCAUUGUGACUGGUAUUGUGACAGCAGACUUUGCCUCUGGGAUCGUACAUUGGGGAGCCGAUACAUGGGGUUCAGUGGACAUUCCAGUAAUUGGUAAGGCAUUUAUUCGCCCGUUCCGGGAGCACCACAUUGAUCCGACGGCUAUCACACGGCAUGACUUCAUAGAGACUAAUGGAGACAACUGCAUGAUCACUAUCCUGCCUCUGGCCCACAUGGCCUAUAAAUUCCUCUCCUACCCACCAGAUGCCCUUGCAGAGUCCUACCCCUGGGAGUGUUUUGUUUUUGCGUUGGCGGUUUUUGUAACCAUGACUAAUCAGAUCCACAAGUGGUCCCACUCCUACUUCGGCCUGCCACGCUGGGUCACACUACUGCAGGACUGCCAUCUAGUGCUGCCACGGAAACACCACCGGAUCCAUCAUGUGUCACCACAUGAGACGUACUACUGCAUCACCACAGGGUGGUUGAACUACCCGCUGGACAGAAUGGGUUUUUGGCGGACACUGGAGUGGUUGAUCGAGAGAUUGAUGGGUCAGAGACCACGCAGUGAUGACAUGGCCUGGGCCAAGAAAACCGAGUGACCAGGAAAACAGGACUGAACCCCUCCCUCAUCCAUCUUUCCCCCUGUUAAGUGGGAACAGAAACCGAAUAUGGGCCUUACCUCUGUAUCCCAAAACCUCUCUCCUGUAAUGUUCCUGUGUCCCUCCAUCUCCCCUAAACCGUCUUCUCCACAGCACAGAACCACAGAGCACUCUUACUGCUGGGGCCUUUUCCUGUCACAGGUCUGCUAUACACAAGCCAUCACCUGUUCCUCCUCUGUUUUGUAGAUGUCCACAUGCAACGAAAUAGUAGAAAGACAAGAUAAAAGUUCAAAACGGUGGUUUCAAAUUGUUGAGAUAAUGAUGAGAGACACUGUUCCGCUCGCAAUCAUUUCCUCAAUCUCCAUGUGCUUUCUCUUUUCGGUGUGUAAAAUGUAUGUCUUCUGGAGGUUGGGCUCUCCAGAGGACCGAAACCAUGUUGUGAUUUUCCCAGCAUGGUUGUCAUAGCGGUGCAUGGAAUGAGAUAAGCAAUUAAAUAUGGAUUUGAUUCCAGAAACUGCAAGAAAAUAUUUAUCGCUAUUUCAGACACUCUCUCCAGUUUCACAAAAGCAUCUCGGCAGUGUUAAAACACUCCUUUAGUUUGGACCGAAGGACACAUUGAGGAUCCAUUUCUCAAAAUGCAGGGAAAGGGUUUUGUUGGCCAACCAGCGUGGUCAGUGCUCAGUUGACCCAACCGAAUGUUCUCCCUGAAUGUUUCUUACUGAGCUCGUGUUGGCCUUAAGUACAAACCCAUUACACUUAUUUCUAAUCAGCUUACCGGGGCUUAGCGGUGAUGAACAUUGAUUGCGUCUCUGGUGUGUUAGCCUGACAUGUUAUUGAUAUUUGGAGUAGUAUUAGCAGUCUAGCUAGCUAGUGAUGUCCUCCUGCUGUAUCCUGUGGUACAACGGUUUAGCAAAUGUUGUACUAGCAAAAGGUCACUUUAGAAAAAGGUCGAUUUAAAUCUGAGUUACCAAGCUUUAAGAGAAUCAUUAAAGGGAUACUCCAUCCCAAAAUGAAAAUUUUGUCAUUAUUCACUUA